CGAAUAGACCUCGACACAAGCAUACACAAGGAAAUUAAAAAUCACACCAAGAAUUGUGGAAUAAACAAUUACAGAAGUUGCAUUACACCAAGUCAGAUUGGUACCCUGUUAAAUACUUACAGAAAAUAUUCAAGGAUACUCAAAACUCCCUAAGCAUAAAUAUUAUAUUAACGAAUUUAUUAUAUAUCGGCAACGUUAAGAUGUUCCAGAAUAUCUCAACCUAAUGCUACAGAUUCUAGAGUUUAAUGACGCUGGUAAAGCUUGUAAAAAAGUUUUCUCUAAAAAAAUAUAGUGCAAAACAAAAGCAAGACAAGAUAUAUAACUUAUAUAAUAUAAUAAUAUAUAAUAUAAUAUAUAAUAAUAAUAUAACUAAAGAUAAAUGUAACUAGCUGGGAUACGUAGAGCUUACAAGUCAAAAUGGAUACAACCGCCGAACGCCAGGUAAGACUGGAGGGAGUUGAGCGGGUGCUCAAGAUGUCGCAGGAGCGCAUUAAGAUCGCUAUGAUCAUACCCAAGUUAUUGGAGCAUCCUGAAAAGCUAAAGAGCGUUCUGACGGGCACCUGCUAUGAGGAGGUUCUGGAACCCAUCGAUAGUAUGAUUCGUCAUCUCGGAAAGCAGACUGGACGUUCGAAGCUGCCACACGAUCACAACACCAUGCGUAUUGUGGAUUUCUUUCUGGUCAACCAUAGCAUUCAUCGGUUUUUCCCGCACCUGAAGCACAACCUUAACGACAGGGAUCAAAAGUUGCUGGCCGCCUUUCAGUUUCUCCUCGAAAGCGCUCACGUCCAUCUGCACCGCUCGUCGCGAAGCGAGAUCACCAAGGAGCGAAAGCUACAUGCCAUCUACCACCAGAAUGUGGACAUCCAGAAAAAGAUCAAGGAGCUUAAGGCCAGCCUGGCCUUUCAGAAGGUAAUUGGCAAGUGGAAGACGGCCGCCAAGGGAAUCUAUCUGAUGAAGGUCGAGGAGGAUCUGGCCAAUAAGAAGUGGCAAAACAACGUGGCCAUUCAGAACGAAAUUGAAAAGUGUAAUCGCACCAUGCGUAGUUAUCACAAGGGCAGCAUGGACAGACAAAAAGAGCUGGAGGAAGAGCUGAUCCAGGCACAGGAAAGCUACGAAAAGAUGACUAAGAAGAAUCUGGACGAAGAACAUGAGUUGCGAAGCGAGAAAAACAAACUGCUUCUGCAACUACAGAGUAUGCUCAAAAAAUACGAUACAAGUGUGGGCGAAAAGAUGCGGGAGAAUCUGGUGGCGCAGGAUCAGUUCCUGGAGGCCAAGAAGAUCCUCGACGACUUUAUGGUCGUGUUCAAGCAGGAGGAGCGAGUCUACAGAAAUAUUGUGGUGAAGCGCGAAGAGGAGGAGCGACGCAUUCAGCAGCAGAAGCUAGUGGUCUUCAUGAUGAACCGCGCUGCGGCCAAGAUCCAGAAGUAUUGGCGCAAAUGGAAAAAGGAGCAGCGCAAGAAGAAGCGCCAGGGAAAGGGCAAGGGCAAGAAAUCGAAAUAGAAGGACAUCUGGAGCUUUAACUAUCAUUUCUACAUUGUACAAUUUAUAUGUAGAGGUGCAAAUAUAUUGGCAACUACUAAAGUGUGCA